AUGUUCCACGUGUCCGUUUUUACCGUCGCCGUCUUAAUCAUGUAUUUGAAAUUGGCGAGUCCAGAAUUCACAAUGGUCAAAAUUAUUUUGUACGCCUUGUCUGCUAUCAUCAUGUUUUUGUCGCCGCCGUUCACAAUUCUUCUCAAUUUCUGCGUAUUCCUAUUGGCACUUCAGCGUCUUUUGCUCUAUUUUUUCAUCGACAAAGAAAAAUUGUUCACGUUUAGCGCAAUAUGCACGACAAAUGGAAGUCCAGUUGAGUUGGGAAUUAUUGUGAAGAUUUUGACGCUCUAA